AUGAUAGUUUUCGUGCUGGACUGUUCGUAUUUAAAUUAUAGUUUUCAGUUAACUUAAUUACUCAGGAUGAGUAAAAAUAGGACACAUACUCGCAGUAUGGUUCUUUCCACUCAGUUAUCUCAAGAAAGUGAAGGCAGCAAGACAUGUAGGCAGACAUCCUCGAUUUUGAAGCUGCCAAAAGACACCAAACAUCGUGAACCAUUGCAAGAGUUGGAUUUCAGAUCAAACAUUGAUGAAGAUGGAACAUCAACUACCAGCUCAAUGACAAAGAGAGUCAGUUUUCAUAAAGCUGUGCAAACUAAAGAGUUCCAUGUAGAGGAGGCUGUGACAGUGUGGGGAUCAACUUAUGAGGAAACUUUCAAAGGUUCUGAUUCAUCUCAUCAUUCUGACAACAGCAGUUGUCCAUCGUCCAGUAAAGUUCCUGGUUUUAAUCACCCACUAUGCAGCAACAUAAAUUCACAGUUCCUUGUGGAGUCACAUGCAGUGAAAGGAAGGGAAGGAAUGAAGCAGCAUGGGAAUGUUCUUUGUUUUCAUGCAGUAAACAGUGAUACAGUUGACAGUGAUGAUGAGCAGUGCUUCUCUCCGAAUGAGAUGCAUGUCUGGAAUCAGUCAAAUGAUAUGGACUUCACAGAACCGCUUGAUGUUAAUUUUCCAAAUUUUAAUCAUACAGACUUGUUAGCUAAUAAUGAAAUUGAUCUGACAGAACCUCUGGCAUGCCACAUUGAUUUUGAUCAAAAGUGGCAUUCUCAGUUGUCUCCAGAUUUUCCUCGUGAACUGAAAACAACAGGAGAAAUAGAUAUGACGUUGACAGAAACUUUACCUGAUGUAUGUUUUGGAUUCAAAGACCAUGUAAAAUCACAAGAAAUGUCAAAGAAGAGCUCCAAAACCUUUGUUAAGAAAGUGAAUAUAGACACUGCAGAACCAGAGAUUUUAAUGAAAGUGUCAAGCAAAGGUCAAGUGAAGGAUUCAGAAGCAAACAGUGAUUAUUUAAUUGACAGAAAGACACAUACAGGAAUACUCACUCAAAUAAAUAACAGCAACAUUAGUUUCACUGAAGUGGUUUCAUGUAACAAAAAUAAAUAUGAACCGAAUAACACUGAUAAAGUCUUUCAGUUGCCACCACAUUGUGACACUAAUGUAGAUCGGCAUGAAAGUUCUGUAAUUAAUCAAAGCAUGGAUUUAACUGAAACUUUAGUAGAAAUGAAAUCUCUUAAUAGUAUGGAAAUGUUCAAACGAUCUGUGCAAUGUGACAGAGGAUAUGACAGACUACAACCAACUGGCAGGACAUGUAUUCAUGCCAAUGAUUUUGGUACCCCAAAUCCCCAGGGCUUCACAAAAAUAAUGGAUUCCAUUGAAAAGAAAAUGGUAAAUAUUUCUAGCUUGUCAGCAGAGAGCUCAGGAAAUACAGAAAGCAUGUGUUCAAACAGUGAGUGCUUGCACGAAGGCAGUAAAGUAAAUGUUCAAAACACAGGGUCCACUAAACCUGUUAGGAAUAUUGUCUGUUCUGCAUUUACCAGCAAAACAUAUAUGCACGAUAUUACUGAAAAUGUUCAGAAUUUUGGAUUAAUAAAUUCUGAUGGAGAAACAUAUAUGAAUAAAAUUGUAGAUAGUCCAACUAGAUGUACAGAGGUCAGUGACGUGGAAUUCAUAGAUGAAUUGAAACAGAAAGAGUUUGACAGUGCAAAAACUUCCAGUCAAAUUACAGAUGUUGGUGACAUGGAACUAACAUGCAAUAUAAACCACAAGAAUAUCCAUAUACCAUUUAGAAAUUCUGCACAUAACAGUUAUAUGCAAAUAAGAAAGAAUCAUAUAUCAGAUCCAAUACAGGUAUCCAAUACUGCUGCUGUUGUCGAUGAAAUGGAAUUCACAAGCAUAAUAAAAUUGGAAGAAACAUGUAAUUCAGGAAAUGUGAACAGGUCUGUCAGUGACAUGGAACUAAGAAAUGAAAUUAGACAGAACCAAAUCUCCAAUCCAUUAGCAGCAUCCAGUCAUAAUCAUAAAGUUGCUGAUAUGGAACUAACCAGUGCAAAAAAAUGGGAAGACACAUGUAAUUCAGGAGAUAUCCACAGGUUUGUCAAUGGCAUGGAACUGACAAACAAAACAAGACAGAAGCAGACAUCCAAUCCAAUAGCAGUGUCCAGCCAUAUUGGUAAUAUCACUGAUAUGGAAUUAACGAGUGGAAUAAAUUUGAAAGAAACGGUCCAUCCAGGAGAUGUGAACAGGUUUGUCAGUGACAUGGCACUAACAAACCAAACAAGACAGAAGCAGACAUCCAAUCCAAUAGCAGUGUCCAGCCAUAUUGGUAAUAUCACUGAUAUGGAAUUAACAAGUGGAAUAAAUUUGAAAGAAAUAUGUAAUCCAGGAGAGGUGAACAGGUUUGUCAAUGACAUGGAACUGACAAACAAAACAAGACAGAAGCAGACAUCCAAUCCAAUAGCAGUGUCCAGCCAUAUUGGUAAUAUCACUGAUAUGGAAUUACCAAGUGGAAUAAAUUUGAAAGAAACAGUCCAUCCAGGAGACGUGAACAGGUUUGCCAGUGACAUGACACUAACAAACAAAACAAGACAGAAGCAGACAUCCAAUCCAAUAGCAGUGUCCAGCCAUAUUGGUAAUAUCACUGAUAUGGAAUUACCAAGUGGAAUAAAUUUGAAAGAAACAGUCCAUCCAGGAGACGUGAACAGGUUUGCCAGUGACAUGACACUAACAAACAAAACAAGACAGAAGCAGACAUCCAAUCCAAUAGCAGUGUCCAGCCAUAUUGGUAAUAUCACUGAUAUGGAAUUACCAAGUGGAAUAAAUUUGAAAGAAACAGUCCAUCCAGGAGACGUGAACAGGUUUGCCAGUGACAUGACACUAACAAACAAAACAAGACAGAAGCAGACAUCCAAUCCAAUAGCAGUGUCCAGCCAUAUUGGUAAUAUCACUGAUAUGGAAUUACCAAGUGGAAUAAAUUUGAAAGAAACAGUCCAUCCAGGAGACGUGAACAGGUUUGCCAGUGACAUGACACUAACAAACAAAACAAGACAGAAGCAGACAUCCAAUCCAAUAGCAGUGUCCAGCCAUAUUGGUAAUAUCACUGAUAUGGAAUUACCAAGUGGAAUAAAUUUGAAAGAAACAGUCCAUCCAGGAGACGUGAACAGGUUUGCCAGUGACAUGACACUAACAAACAAAACAAGACAGAAGCAGACAUCCAAUCCAAUAGCAGUGUCCAGCCAUAUUGGUAAUAUCACUGAUAUGGAAUUACCAAGUGGAAUAAAUUUGAAAGAAACAGUCCAUCCAGGAGACGUGAACAGGUUUGCCAGUGACAUGACACUAACAAACAAAACAAGACAGAAGCAGACAUCCAAUCCAAUAGCAGUGUCCAGCCAUAUUGGUAAUAUCACUGAUAUGGAAUUACCAAGUGGAAUAAAUUUGAAAGAAACAGUCCAUCCAGGAGACGUGAACAGGUUUGCCAGUGACAUGACACUAACAAACAAAACAAGACAGAAGCAGACAUCCAAUCCAAUAGCAGUGUCCAGCCAUAUUGGUAAUAUCACUGAUAUGGAAUUACCAAGUGGAAUAAAUUUGAAAGAAACAGUCCAUCCAGGAGACGUGAACAGGUUUGCCAGUGACAUGACACUAACAAACAAAACAAGACAGAAGCAGACAUCCAAUCCAAUAGCAGUGUCCAGCCAUAUUGGUAAUAUCACUGAUAUGGAAUUACCAAGUGGAAUAAAUUUGAAAGAAACAGUCCAUCCAGGAGACGUGAACAGGUUUGCCAGUGACAUGACACUAACAAACAAAACAAGACAGAAGCAGACAUCCAAUCCAAUAGCAGUGUCCAGCCAUAUUGGUAAUAUCACUGAUAUGGAAUUACCAAGUGGAAUAAAUUUGAAAGAAACAGUCCAUCCAGGAGACGUGAACAGGUUUGCCAGUGACAUGACACUAACAAACAAAACAAGACAGAAGCAGACAUCCAAUCCAAUAGCAGUGUCCAGCCAUAUUGGUAAUAUCACUGAUAUGGAAUUAACAAGUGGAAUAAAUUUGAAAGCAGCAUGUCAUUCAGGAGACAUGACACUAACAAACAAAACAAGACUGAAGCAGACAUCCAAUCCAGUAGCAGUGUUCAGCCAUAUUAGUGAUGUCACUAGUAUGGAAUUAAUAAGUGGAAUAAACUGGAAAGAAACAUGUACACCAGAAGAUGUUAAUAGGCAUGUAAAUGACAUGGAACUAACAAACGACACUGGGCAGAAUCAGGUCUCCCAUCCAGUAGCAGUAGCCAGUCAUAUUGGUGUCACUGAUGUAGAAUUAACAAAUGAAAUAAAGUGGAAAGAAAUCUGUAAUACAGCUGAUGUGAACAGGCAUAUCAUUGACAUGGAACUAAUAAAUGAAAGCAGGCAGGAGCGAACCUCCAGGCCAGCAGUGGUGUUCAGUCAGGGCGGUAAUGUCACUGAUAUGGAACUGACCAGUGGAAUAGUACUGAAAGAAAUAUGUAACACAGAUGUUAACAGAUAUCUCAAUGACAUGAAACUAACAAGUGUAAGGAGAGAGGAGCAAAUGUCUGCUAAAUCUACAAAUGUGAGCAACUUGGAAUUAAGAAAUGAAGUAAGACAGAAGAUCUUUAACCGGUCAAGAGUAACUGAUCUAUCUAAAGAUGCCAUUGGCAUGGAAUUAAGUGAAGUAAAUCAAAAAGCAAUCUGUAAUCAGUCACUUAUGAUCAGUGAAUGUGACAGCCAUGCAAAGGCAGAAAAUAUUGAUGACACACAAACAUGGAAGGAAAAGCCCAGAGUACCAUUUAAUCACACCUCAAAUAAAGACUGUAUAAAUUCAUCAGAAGAGGAACAAAUGGGUGAUACAGCAGAUGUGUCUCAUUUGCUGAAGUCUUGUAACAUGAAUCCAGUUUAUAAUGUUAAAGCACUAUAUAGUAAUGAUUUGGAGAAAGUCACGCAGCAUUGUGAACCUGCAGCAUGUAUCAGUGUAAGUGGAGACAGGGCAAGUCAGUCAGAUUAUGUAGAAGCUGAAACUUCUCUAAAACAAGCCAGUUCCUCUAAACAAACUAUAGUACAGGUACUUGGAAGAACUGAAAAGUGUAAAGCAAAGGACAAUUCAGUUACUUUAUUUAAGCAGACUGAUAGUACAUAUUACUUCCCACCUUCUAAAGUAACACAUCCAAAUACUGAUGGAAGAUGUAGUGAACAGACAGGAUCUGUGCUUGAUGUGAAAAGAGAAAAUGCAUCAGAAAAUUGCAGCAGUAUGGAGCUUAAUGUUGAGACUUCAGUUCCAGCUGUUAGUUUAAACUUGAAUAUUCCUCUGAAUGUUAAGGAAUUAGGGAAAAGAUCCCAAAAAUGUGAUAUGAAUGUAUCACAUUUGGGUCAGAAAUUGGUGAAUGAAAUUAUUCAAAAGACUGCUGAUGAAUCAAGUCUCUUACAUGACAGACAUGUCUCAGAGGAUUCAAAUACUUCAUCAGACAAGGUAUCCCAAGUUUCUCAUACAUCUAGAAUGGAUAAUGGAGUCAUUAAAGAAAACUUGAGUAUGCAACUAUUGAGGGAGGCAAAAACUUACACAGGUUGCACUACUGGAACAGCUAAGAAAUUAUCAGUAGAGUAUGACAUUGGAGGUAAUGCUGCAUCCCACAAUAACCAGCAGUAUGCAACAAAAGGAAUUCCAGAUAAAAUAUGCACACAAGAGAAUUCAACGGAAAAUAUGCAAAUGUUGAAGAGCAAUGCAAGGGAUUCAUUUAUAUUGGGGGAGGAAUUGGAUGAUAAACAAGGAUGGACAACUAACCAGCUUACCUUGAAUGAAUAUCUUGAACCUAGUGACCUACAUGUGAGAAUGAGAACACCACUGGAAAUACAAGGAAAUCAAAUUAUGGAACAAGUGAAUAGUGCAACACCAAUGAAGUCUAAAGAAUAUGGUGUGAUGAAAGGAAAUCUAGAUUGUUCACAACUUCAGAGUACAUUAGCAUCUAUGCCAGAUGAAAUGGAACUGAGUAUUAUCAAAGAUUUAUCACAUGAAAGUAAUGAAUCUUACAAUAAACUUGUUGAGAAUGUCAGAAUAGCAGAUGAGAUCAUCAGAGAAAAAACGUUUAUGACAGAUGAAUGUGAUCUGCUUGAUAAUAGCCAAUGUGCCCAGCAGAAUUCUGAAGAAGGAACAUCACUGUUACAAAAAUUGAGCAAUAUGGGAAACAUUAUAAACGAAUUGGUUACAAGGAAAGAGGAAAGUACUAAACAUUUGGAGUUAAAAACAGUCACAGGACAAGAAAAAUGUAAUCUGGAUGAGAAAUUUAAGCCUUCUAUCAAACAAACGGAUGAACAGAUGAAACCAAGGAAACUAAGGAUAAAUCAAAGUGAAGAUGUGACCAUAUCUUCUUUGGAAGAACAGAUUAAGGCGGAAGAACUAAGGUCUGGUCAUGUAUGGAGCAUUAAAGACAUAAGUAAUGCCCUUUGGUCCUUUCAAUUCUUAUACAAAUCACUGACGCUUAUUCUGAAACUGAAUCCGUGUGAGAUGAAGGAUAGUGGUAAAGUUGUAACGGAUAUCCAGCUGAUUUCACAUGCUACUGAGAAGGCUGAUCCCCUUGUUAUAUUUGUUCAUCACGUUCUUCUGCGCAAGUUUCAAACUCAAGCAUUGGAAUCAAUGUGCAGGACCACUCUGGAUGUUGUUAAAGUCUUGGAAACAAUCUCUGCAGAAGUUAAGAAACUCAAAAUAUUCGUGAAAGACAUUAUUGAAUUGGAAACAUUGGACAUGCUACGGAUAGAGAACACAUGUGUAUCAUUUGAGGUAGCAGACUUGAACAUUCAUGCAUGGUUUCGUAUAAAUGUUAACAUAGACAUGUGGGAAGAUAUUUCACCUGCUGAUGUGUCUGCUGAAAAUCUGUUUGGUUCUGUAAGGGAACAUGAAAUCAAACAUCUAGUUACCGCUGCAACAAGAGGGCCAAACUGUCUUAGAGAUUAUAUCAGGAUCAUUAAAGAAUAUGUCAAGGUACUUGGUAAAAAGCAAUUAUUUGUAAAAUAGCUUCCAUACUCAGAUUCAAAUUUGGGAAGUACCACAAAAACUAUUUAUUUUAGAUUAUAUUUAAGACACACAUCUCUACACCAUAAGAUAUUAUAGUUAAAUUAUAGCCAGAUAUAGUGGAAGUCCCAUUCAAUGUUCAAUUCAAAUUAUCAAGUCAAUAACCUUCAUAGCGUGCAUCCUGUUGUGUCAUGCGAAAGAUAUAUAAUCGGAUAGUCUACACAACAACAAUUCUGAAAAAGACAAAAUAGAUACUAUUGUAUCAAAAUAUGAUUUGUUAGCUGUUGGUGGUAAUGCUACAUGUUUCAACCAUUUUCUUGGGUCAUCUUCAGGUGUACAAGAAUACUGGUACUACGUCUUGAAUUACGUCAUCAUUCAAUAUGGAUCCAGAUUGUCCUCAUAAGAGUUUUUAUACUAACAAAUACACUUUAAUUUAAAUGUAGUUCAAAUAUAGUUUAAAACUUGACAUGAAAAGAAUAAUAGAAUUUAAUACAGAUAAUGAUGUUUAUAAUUUAUAUUACAAGUAUUUUUAACACAUUGCGGACUGGUUGUUUAAAUAUUUA